UCAGUAAAGUUAAGUGAAUAACUACCUAUCUAGCUAGGUGGCCGUUUAAUAUUCUGUCUUCUGUGACACUUUUUAGGUUGUGCAAAGACUUUUCUAGAAAAUGGUGAUUCAAAGGAUUGUGUACUGCAUCAGUACAGCCAGGCAUCUUCUGUACUCAGAGCUCAGACGAGCGUUAGCCGCGGAGAGACGAAGAUGGACUCGGGGGUCUGGGGCAAAAUUCUGUGGCUGGUCACGCUGUGCAGUCUUCUCUACGUACAUUCUGUGCACGGGAAAUAUGUGAAAGGCGUCGUGGACACUAAAGAGGACUGGGUUUUUCUUACUCGCUUCUGCUUUCUGACUGAUUAUGGACGCCUGGACUUUCGGUUCCGCUACCCAAAGUCUCGCUGCUGUCAAAACAUACUGCUCUACUUUGAUGACAGUUCUCAGUGGCCAGCCGUGUACAAGAGGCCUGAAAAGAACUGCUACCAGAAGGAGGCUGUGCUGAGACCCGAGAACAACCAGGUCAUCAAUCUCACAACUCGCUACACGUGGUCCGGCUGCGAGGUGGAGGGAGACGACAAUGGGGAGGUGCUGAGCUGCGUAGGUGGUCGCAGUUUUCGCUCAGUGAGGGAGAGAUGGUGGUACAUUGCUCUAAGUAAAUGUGGGGGUGAUGGUCUGCAGCUGGAGUAUGAGAUGAAGCUGACCAACGGGCAGUCCUUCUGGACACAGCACUUCUCCGCAGAUGAGUUUGGGAUCUUGGAGACAGACAUCACAUUUUUGGUCAUAUUCUCCAUGGUGUUUCUUCUCUCCUGCUACUUUGCCUACAACCUGAAGGGAAGACAGCUUCUCCACACUACCUACAAAAUGUUUAUGAUUGCAGCAGGGGUGGAGGUGCUCAGCCUGUUGUUUCACUGUAUAUACUGGGGCCUGUAUGCACAAGAUGGAGUCGGCAACGGCAGCCUGAAAAUACUCGGGAAAUUACUGUUCUCUGUCAGUUUCUUAGUGUUCCUCCUCAUGCUCAUAUUGUUGGGCAAAGGUUUCACUGUCACCAGGGCGAGGAUCAGUCACAGCGGCUCGGUGAAGUUGAGCAUUUACAUGACGGUCUACACCGUCACCUACGUCAUCCUUUUCAUCUACGAGGCCGAGUUUUUCGACCCGGGGGAAGUGCUGUACGCCUACGACAGCCCUGCAGGUUACGGGCUGAUGGGCCUCCAGCUGCUGGCCUACGUUUGGUUCUGCUAUGCAGUACUCGUCUCAAUGAAACACUACCCGGAAAAACAGCCCUUCUACAUCCCCUUCUUCACCGCAUACACACUAUGGUUUUUUGCUGUUCCCAUCAUGGCCCUCAUCGCCAACUACGGAAUUCCUCGCUGGGCUCGGGAGAAAAUCGUAAAUGGCAUUCAGCUUGGCAUCUACCUCUACGCUCACAUUGUUUUCCUUAUUAUCACACGUCCCUCAGCAGCCAAUAAGAACUUCCCAUAUCACGUUCGGACGUCUCAGAUCGGCAUCCUGCUGUCCAGUCCUAAAUGCGGUGAAGGGGCGGAGAGUUUCCCUCAUCACGCGUACGGGAACAGCUCUUUUGUGGGCGAUUCACAACCAAACUUUACUGAACUCUUCUCCAUCCAAUCAGAUGCAGUGAAGACGGUGGCGGAGACAGUAGCCUGCAAAGAGCCAGAGGUGCAGAGGAACAGUGAGCAGAAGAUCAUUACCACCGCAACUGACACGACUUCAAUAUUACCCCCGCCUCCAAUACCUCCUCGGCCGGCCACGCGAUCACCUCCGCUGCCUCCUCGACUCCCGUCGUUCACGGAGUAUUUCAGCAUGCAGAGUGACAGCAGCGGUGGAGCUGGGUACGGAACGAAGGCCUGAGCUGGAGAGAAGGUCAGGACAGAGGGUGAACUGAGUGGAGACAUGGGAGGGGAAGAGUGGAAAUCCUAACCAAUGCAAGAAAAACAUUGAAUGAAAGGCAUGAUCCCAGAAAGGCAAAAAGAGGCAAGCACUUAAAAAAAAAAAAAAAAAGCCUGAGAAACUUUUUUUUUUUUUUUUUC